AUGUCAGUCGCAGCAAAAAAGCUGUACUGGAUUACAGCCGCCGUUUUCCUAAUGGUCGUCUUCCUCUCCUACCACAGGAACUCCGGUUCCUCAUCAUACCCGCCAGACAGGACAGCCCCCAACGAUGCCGGUCAGUCUCUGAACUACGACGAUAACGACAACGACUACACAAGCGGGGACGGCAACAACCUCUACACCGGAGACAACAAACCACCAGGAGGAUAUACUCCAGCUGGCGGAAACAAGCCUAGUACUCCUCCUCCCACCCCUGCCGAAACUACACCCACCCAACCCAACACUUCUGGAAAGUACGAUACCCUGGUGGUCAUUCCUUCGAGCUGGACUCAAAUUCAGAACCGCCAAUGGGUCCGUGAAACUGUCUUUGGCAUCCGGGACAACCUCGAGCCCUGCAAGAAGAACGACGGCAACAUCAUCUACAAGUUUUAUAUCUAUGGACGGUCUACCUGGGGCAAGUCUGCGAUUCAUUCUCCAGAGUACAACCAGGCGUUGGUCCGGGAUCUCUAUGGCGAGUUCAUGGAGUAUAACGAUCACCAUUUCACCAACGCCACCGUCGCCGACAAGCAUGCCAUCUGGGGCAACGCACUCGACUGGGCUGUAACCACAUACAUCCCAACAAACAAGAUUCAUGUUGACAAGAUUCUUAUCUUUGAUUCAACCGCCAUCGUCAACCUGCCCAAUAUGGAGGAGGCCGUCAAGGCUUCUGCCAACCCCAACGGAUAUCUUCACAUCUGGGGCUCCGAUUCUACCACCUUUGCCGCCAUGAUCUCCUACAACGCCGUCGAGCAGAUCCUCAAUCACCGCGAGGAGCUUAAGGCUGGUCACGCCACCGAGGAUAUCAUCUCCGCGGCUUCGACCUUUUAUGCCGAGAACCCUGCGACCUUCAAAAUUGUCCGCGCGACUGGUCAAUUGUGGGCCAGCAAUGUUGAUUUGGUCUCUGCCGACACUGCUGUUGUUGGUCAAGUCUACCAGCUCGAGGAUUGGCGCAGCAUCACCGACAAGUUGACCAUCAAGGCUACCCCCGCCUGCGCUGUUGACCAGAACAGGAAGAAGAACGUUGCCCUUUUGACCUCAUCCUACAUCUACGUCGACAUGUGCAUGGCCGAGGCCUCCCUGCCCUCUGCCGACAACAAGCGCGACUAUGCCGACAAGCACGGAUACGACUUUGUGGCCCGCGCCGCCGAGUUUGCACAGGAGGAACAUCGUGGCCGUCGUUUGGUCUGGGGCAAGAUUGGCGCCAUCCAGAAGGUUCUCCCCCAUUACGAAUGGCUGUUCUGGAUGGACAUGGAUGCUGUCAUUGCUGAUCUCGACAAGGACUUGCGUGAGAUUAUUCAGGUCGCGGAGAAGGCCAAGGUUGGAGGUGAUGAGGUCAGUCUUAUUGUUGCCAGACCUAAGCGCGACAAGAUCCUGAACGCUGGUGUCAUGUUGAUCAAGAACACCGAGUGGAGCCGCGCCUUCCUUGCUGAGGUCCAGACCCGCGCCCCUUGGUACCACAAGUCGAGUUAUGAGCAGGCUGCUAUCUGGGAGGUCAUGAGCGAGCCCAAGUGGUCGCCGGGUGUUUAUCUUUAUGAUGAAGAUGAUCACACCAUGAACACCUUCCCCAAGAUGUAUGAAGAGGGCGACUUUGUUAUUCAUUUCGCUCCUGCUGGAUGCCCCUCGGUUCCUGUUCUUGCUGCUUUGGCCAAAAUCAAGGCUGGCGAGAGUGCGCUCGGUAUCGGUGCCGAGUAA